AUGUCUUCCGAUGGGAUUGAGAAUGCAAUCAGUGUUCAGACAUGGUAUGAAUACGGACAGACACUGUUCGGAGACAGCCUUGCCACUACUGAAGAUUCAGUUUUUCCAGAAAAGGUAAUUAUUCGGAUCAGGCAUGCACACUGGGAUGAGUUAUCAAGAAUUUGGUCCACCUGGGAUAAUAAUGAGAAGACAUUGUUUAGAGGGAUAUACGGUGACAUCGUGGAGCUGCUGAGAGCACCAAUAGAUACAGUGGUGAUUCGAGCCCUUGCCGAAUGUUGGAAUCCAGCUUACAGGUGUUUCACUUUCGGUAAAGUAGAUAUGAUGCCUACCUUAGAGGAGUAUACGACUUUGCUGAACAUCCCGAAUGCUAGAAGACAUUCCAUUUACACCAAGGCAAUUCGACCUAAAGGGUUCAUAGCCAAAAUGAUCACGUUGACGGGAAAGACCAAGGAGUGGGUCGAAGAGUACAUUCGUGAUGAGGGGAUCUCCUGGGCUCAGCUGAAGAGUUUAAUUUACGAGCAAACUCCAUCGAAAAGAAGAAGAGAUCACUUCGCACUUGCAAUAUAUGAUUUGGUAAUUUUCCCUAGGAACGAGGAUCACUUCGACAUCGCCUUAAUCAAUUUCGUCGAAGCUAUCGCUAGAAAGAAUCCCGCACCAGCCAUCCUUGCGGAAACAUUCUUGUCACUGAACCAGUGUAGACGAUUGGGGGGAGAGCAUCGCAAGAGGAAAGACUGGGUUGAAGCUGUCCGUAACAUGAAAGAUACUGAGAUAGUAUGGAAGGCUUAUUGGUUACCCAAAGAGGACAUACUUUUUAGGUGCGGUAAUGAUAGUUUUAUAAUGCUACACGGAUUAUGGGGAGCUAUCGGGUAUACUCCGCUAAUUGUACUCAGACAGUUUGGUACCCGACAGUUCGUACCAGCUACCCAUGGCCUGAAAGAGGCAGAGUUUUCUUUCUCUACUCCGGGUUACCGAGAGCGGAUUUCAAAGAUCUACGCGGCUUGGCAGAAGCCUCAAUGCAUGAGCUUCAAGAUGAUAGAGCAUGUAUUCACGCCGACCUGUGAGGUUUGGAGGUCGCAGAGAAUUAACAACAACACACCUAAGCCAAAUUUAGAGGACAAAUUGACUAUGGAAGAGCGAUUGAGAAGGCCCCCGACAAAAGCCGAGCUGUUAAAAGAGGAAAUGCGACUGAUGAAUUUGGAGAGAGAAAAAGAGCAGAGAAGCUUCUCGGAUGAGAAGAUAAUAUGGGAACUUGAAAUAAUUAAGAAGGACGGAGUGAUAAAAUAA